CCGGGACUUCUCGCUUGGUGAUCACCAUUGCGACGACCGCAAUCCAGCACGGAGUGACCAGCGCUUUGCACCAGCUAUGCCUCCGGCAUUGAAACCUGCGGUACCGUCGCGGAGGCUUCUCAAAUUCCUGCGCGCCCAGUCCGAAGGCUUCGUAUUCGCAGAGUGCGCGCCGCGCCUGCCGAUUCGGCGCCAUGGCUGCAGUUGCACUAAGGCGAAGCUAUCAGCAGAGCUCCUGAGGGCCCCGAUUACACGUCGCGAACCCACGGUGCAGGCUGCAUUCCUCGGUCUCGAUGCGAUCUUCCCCCAGACGCUGAGGAAGCAGCGCGCUGCAGUGGCGAGCAGCAAGCGCCAGGAGGUUACUGCCACGGGCGGCGCCUUGCGGUAUUCUUCUUCGGACCAGACACCGCGGGAGGAUGGCACUAAAUCCGCAUGGCAGGAAUUGCUUUUUGGGUCUGAUCCCAAGAAGAAUGGGGAGCCGCUGAAGGAAGGCGACAUCAGGGUGCGGCUGGAGGAGGAAUCUGGGUCCAUCUUCCAACGCAGGUCUCUGACCGCGAAGGCUGCCCUCGACCCGCGGCUUCGGUGCACGGAGGUGGACGAAAAUGGAAAGGUGAUCAUGGUAGAUGGCGAGCUCAAGAAGAGCGAGCUGAUUGCUAGGUACGGCCUUCUUCCGCGCGAUCUCCGUAAGAUCGACUCGUCCAACCUCCCUCACAUCCUCGUCCGCCCCUCGGCCAUUCUCCUCAACCUACUGCAUCUGAAAGUCCUCAUCAAGCACGACCGCGUCCUGCUGUUCGACGUCUACGGCUCCACCUCGUCGUACCCCCAAUCGGCCUUCAUGUAUGACCUGCAAGGGAAGUUGCAGCAGAAGCAAAACGCCGGAGCGAAUAGCUUGCCCUAUGAGUUCCGAGCUCUCGAGGCAGUUCUCAUGUCCGUCACAGCCGAACUGGAGGCCGACUUUGAGUCUGUACGGGACCCCGUCAUCCGUAUCCUGAGCGAGCUGGAAGACGAUAUCGAUCGCGAGAAGCUCCGGAUCCUGCUGGUCCUGUCGAAGCGGGUCAGCACAUUCGAGCAGAAGGCAAAGCUAGUCCGCGACGCGAUCGAAGAACUGCUAGAGGCCGAUGACGACCUUGCCGCAAUGUACCUGACCGAGAAGACACACGACCUGUUCAGAGGCGAGGACGACCACACAGAAGUCGAGCUCCUCCUGGAGUCAUACAAUAAGAUCUGCGACGAAGUGGUGCAGGAAGCGAGCAACCUUGUGUCGAGCAUCAGGAACACGGAGGAGAUUAUCCGGGCAAUUCUCGACGCCAACCGGAACUCGCUUAUGCUACUCGAUCUCAAGUUCAGCAUUGGCACGCUCGGGCUGGCCAUGGGCACUUUCCUGGCCGGUCUGUACGGCAUGAACCUCGAGAACUUCAUCGAGGAGACCAACUGGGGCUUUGGCGCUGUCACGGCGCUCUCCUCCAUCUUUUCCCUGAUUGUCUGCUGGUACGGGCUGGUGAAGCUGCGCAAGGUCCAGCGCGUCAAGAUGAACGGCGGUGGCCUGCGCAGUCACAGCCACUGGUUCAGCGAAGAUGGCACCGACGUCCUGCUGGAUCCUAGCAACCGCGAGCGGCUGAGGAGGAUCAACAUGAUGAAGAAUGCCAAGCAGGCGCGGCCCAAGAAGUGGUCUUUCCGGCUGUAGCUUGGCCACCAUUCUGAUGCCAGUAGUGGCGUUCGGCGCAGGAAUAUCAGCAUCUUACUAUCCAGGGCUACAUGUGGCGCAAGGAGCACGAAUCGUAUAGACCGGCGUUUCACGGCGUGAUGGGGGGGUCAAUCGGAGUUGAGGGGUGGAAGUUUGGCAGCGACACCUCCCUGCUUGUCGUUGAUGGAAACGGUACGUCUUGUUCUUGUACAAUACUAGGGAGUACUACACAUAGAUAUCCAGUUCUUCUCUUCUUUAUGUCCUUGCCCGCCAACCAAGAGGGGAGCCAGUACGAUCUUCUGAUCUUCCGUAUGUAA